AUGACCUACAGGGAAGCAGAGCUGUGGUGCAAAGAGAGGGAUGCUAACAUGGUUGCCAUUCAGAAUAAGGAGGAAAUCAACUAUCUCAGUAACUUCUUGCCCUUCAGUCCGGGUUACUACUGGAUUGCAAUCAGAAAAAUUCAUGAGGUAUGGACCUGGAUCGGAACUAACAAAGAACCAACAGAAGAGACAGAAAACUGGGCUUCUGGUGAGCCAAAUGGCGAAGGGAACAAUGAGAACUGUGUUGAAACCUACAUCAGAAGAGGAAAGGAUGAUGGCAAAUGGAAUGAGGAAAAGUGUGAGAAAAAGAAGGUUGCCUGUGCCACACAGAGUGGCCAUGGAGAAUGCAUAGAGACUAUUAACAACCACAGCUUCCACUGUCACCCUGGAUUCUAUGGGCCUGACUGUGAGUUUGUUGAGACUUGUGAUCCGCUGAGGAAACCUGAUCAUGGGAGCCUGCAGUGCAGCCAGCUGCAGUUGGAGAGCUUCAGCUACAACUCAUCCUGCACAGUGCACUGUGAGGAAGGAUAUGAACUGACUGCACUGGCAUCUGUAUGCUGUACCUCUUCUGGACUCUGGUCUGCCUGCCUUGCAGCAUGCCAAGCUGUGACCUGUCCUGCCUUGGGAAAGCCUGCUAAUGGAGCUGUGAACUGCUCCCACCCCUCUGUGGAGCUGACCUGAGGUGCCACCUGUGAGUUCACUUGCGAGGAAGGGCUCACCCUGACAGGACCAGCCACACUGCAGUGUGGGUCUCCUGGGACCUGGGACAAGCAGCAGCCAUCCUGUGCAGCUGUGAGAUGUGAGGCUGUAGGUAGGCUAGAAGGAGGCUUUGUGACCUGUGACCACGCUGCUGCAGAUCUCAGCUCUGGUUCACGUUGUGAUUGCUGCUGCAAGGAGGGCUGUGUUCUGGAUGGCCCCUCCAGCACGGCAUACACAGCACAGGGACGGUGGUCAGAGCCAGCACCAAAAUGCAAAGUUGUGCAGUGUGAACCACUGAGGACUCCUGAGAAGGGCUCUGUGGAUUGCUCACACGGUGCUGGAAACUUCACCUACAACACAGCCUACCUCUUCAGCUGUCUAGAAGGAUGGAAGCUCAGUGGCUCUCGUGUUCUUGAGUGCAGCCAGUCAGGAAACUGGAGUGCCCAUCUGCCUACAUGUGAAGGUAUUUUACCUGUGACUAGCCCCAGAGAAGUGGCACUGGUUUUCUAGUCAAAUAAGGUGUGGAAGGCUGGAGGAGGUAACUCCAUCCAAUGAGCUAGAACUUUUAGUGAAGUCCUGGGAUUGGGAAGCCCCAAGUCUCUCAGUAUGUUUUCUGAAAAUAGAAGAGGGGAAGAUUUCUAAAAGGCCUUGGUGAAAAAAUAUUGACUACUUAUCUUCACUUCAACCUGAUUUCAGAUUGUUUUGGUUUCUAAUUAAAAUAUUUUCCAUGCUGAGCGUUUUCCACAUGAAUAAACUUUACUCUGCCCUGGUGAGGCCAUA